GACCAUUUCACGGUACAGGGCCAGUGAGUCCUUACGUACGGUGCCAAAAUAAAGAUUCUGCAGAAGAUAUAACCUACUGUGCUGUAUAGUCCACAUCCAAAGGGAAGAUAUUGAAAAGCGCAAAAGGUGAAGCCUUCAAAAUGCCGAUGUUGAGCAAAGACCUCCCGGAUAUUGAGAGUAUCCUGGCUUUGAACCCCAGAGUGAAGAGCCAUGCCACCAUCCACUCGACAGCCUUCAAGAAGAGAGAGAAGAAGCACUGGAAGAGAAAUAUUGAGAAGAGCUGUGAUACCUGUGUGAAGCUGGAGAACAACUUUGAUGACAUCAAACAUACCACACUGAGCGAACGAGGAGCACUGCGGGAGGCCAUGAGAUGUCUCAAGUGUGCGGACGCUCCCUGCCAGAAGAGCUGUCCCACCAACUUGGACGUCAAGACCUUCAUCUCCAGCAUCUCCAACAAGAACUACUAUGGCUCAGCGAAGGCCAUCCUUUCGGACAACCCCCUGGGCCUGACCUGUGGCAUGGUGUGCCCCACCUCGGAGCUCUGUGUGGGCGGAUGCAACCUCUACGCCUCUGAGGAGGGCCCCAUCAACAUCGGAGGCCUGCAGCAGUUUGCUGUGGAGGUGUUCAGUAAGAUGGGCAUCGCGCAGGUGAGGAAUCCUGAUCUUCCACCUCCUGAGGAGAUGCCUGCCAGCUACCACACCAAAAUCGCUCUGAUUGGCUGCGGCCCGGCCAGCAUCAGUUGUGCUUCCUUCCUGGCUCGCCUAGGAUACGACAACAUUACAGUGCUAGAGAAACAAGAGUAUAUCGGUGGCUUGAGCACUGCUGAAAUCCCUCAGUUCCGUCUGCCCUAUGAAGUGGUUCAGUUUGAGGUGGACCUGAUGAAGGAUCUCGGAGUGAAGGUUGUCUUGGGAAAAGGUCUUGGCGUGAAUGGCAUGAACAUCCCCUCUCUGAAAGAUGAAGGGUAUGAAGCGGUCUUCAUCGGUAUUGGUCUUCCACAGGCCAACAGACACAAGAUUUUUGAGGGGCUGACCGUAGACCAGGGCUUCUACACUUCUAAAGACUUCCUGCCUCUGGUUGCUAAGGCCAGCAAACAAGGCAUGUGUAACUGCUCCUCUUCACUGCCUGAGUUGUAUGGGAACGUGAUUGUGCUGGGCGCUGGAGACACAGCGUUUGACUGUGCAACCUCUGCCCUGCGCUGUGGCGCCCGCCGUGUCUAUGUUGUCUUCAGGAAAGGAUUCACCAACAUACGUGCUGUUCCAGAGGAGAUGGAGCUGGCAAAGGAGGAGAAGUGUGAGUUCCUGCCCUUCCUGUCCCCGCGUGAGGUCAUCAUGAAGAAUGGUCGGGUCGUGGGCCUGCAGUUCUGCCGCACAGAGCAAACCGACACCGGAGACUGGCUGGAGGACGAGGAACAGAUCGUCCGGCUCAAGGCUGAUUACAUCAUCAGCGCUUUUGGCUCGGGCCUCACUGACCCCGUCGUGAAGGCCGCCAUGGCUCCCAUCAAGCUGAACCGCUGGGGGACGCCGGAGAUCAACCAGGACACCAUGCAGACCAGCGAGCCCUGGGUGUUUGCUGGCGGAGACAUCGCCGGCAUGGCCAACACCUCUGUUGAGUCUGUCAAUGAUGGCAAGCAAGCGUCUUGGCACAUCCACAAGUACAUCCAGUCUCUACAUGGCGAAACUGUGGUCAGCACUCCAAAGCUGCCGCUGUUCUUCACUGCCAUUGAUGCUGUUGAUAUCAGCGUGGAGAUGGCCGGCAUCCGAUUCCCCAACCCGUUUGGACUGGCCAGUGCUCCACCAACCACUAGCACUGCUAUGAUCCGCCGUGCUUUUGAACAAGGCUGGGGUUUUGCCCUCACCAAGACCUUUGGCCUUGAUAAGGAUCUCGUGACCAACGUGUCACCUCGUAUUGUUCGCGGCACCACAUCCGGUCACCUCUUCGGCCCUGGCCAAGGUUCAUUCUUGAACAUUGAGCUGAUCAGUGAGAAGACAGCCGCCUAUUGGUGCGAAGGGGUGACUGAGCUCAAAGCCGACUUCCCAGAAAACAUUGUCAUCUCCAGCAUCAUGUGCAGUUACAACAAGGCAGACUGGACGGAGCUGGCCCAGAUGGCAGAGAAAUCCGGCCCAGAUGCCUUGGAGCUGAAUCUGUCUUGUCCUCACGGUAUGGGAGAGAGAGGCAUGGGGUUGGCCUGUGGACAGGACCCUGAACUGGUGAGAAACAUCUGCCGCUGGGUCCGCCAGGCCGUGAAGAUCCCCUUCUUCGCCAAACUCACCCCAAACGUCACCAACAUUGUGGACAUUGCCACGGCGGCUUACGAGGGUGGGGCUGAUGGAGUCACCGCCACUAACACAGUGUCUGGCCUUAUGGGCCUGAAGGCGGACGGUAGCCCUUGGCCUGGCAUCGGCAAGGGGAAGAGAACCACCUAUGGAGGAGUGUCUGGUAAUGCCAUCCGACCAAUCUCCCUGCGUGCCGUGUCAGCCAUUGGUCGCGCCCUGCCAGGUUUCCCCAUCCUGGCCACCGGGGGCAUCGACUCUGCUGAGGCAGGAUUGCAGUUCCUGCAUGCUGGAGCCUCUGUGCUACAGAUCUGCAGUUCAGUGCAGAACCAGGACUUCACAGUGAUUGAGGACUACUGCCUGGGCCUGAAGGCUCUGCUCUACCUGAAGAGUGUCGAGGAGCUGAGGGACUGGGAUGGCCAGUCCCCCCCGACCCGGAGCCACCAGAAGGGCAAGCCUGUGCCCCGCGUGCACGAGUUGGUGGGCAAAAGCCUGCCCAGCUUUGGGCCAUACCUCAUGGAGAAAACCCAGGCUGUGGCUGAUUAUAAGAAGAGCCUCAGAGACGCCAACUUCAACGAGGCCAUCGACACCAACGAUGCCAGGGUCUUCAUACCAAAGAAGUCUGUGCCAUCGGUGAAGGAUGUGAUUGCCCGAGCCCUGAAGCACAUUGGGGCCUACCAGGAACUGGACAACCAAGAACAAGUGCAGGCCUUGAUAGACGAGGACAUGUGCAUCAACUGUGGGAAAUGUUACAUGACCUGCAACGACUCAGGAUAUCAGGCAAUCGAGUUCCACCCAGAGACGCAUCUCCCUGUAGUCACGGACAGCUGUACCGGUUGCACCCUGUGCUUGAGCGUCUGCCCCAUCAUCGACUGCAUCAAAAUGGUCACCAGGAAAACGACGUAUGAACCAAAGCGUGGAAUCUAUCCAGCAGUAGUAAACCCGGUUUGCUAGAAGUUAUACAACCCUAACAUUAACCAAAUCUUUAACGCACAACAUGUCAAUGCAUUCCCUACGUAAUACACAGUAUAGCCUCAAAACGUGAUAAGAUUCCUAUUUAAUCCAACUGUACAUGGGCACUGAUUCCUGAGCAGCCUGGACUUCCAACAGGCUUGGUUGAGGAGUUGUCAGUGUUGGAGCUACAUAAAGAACUGUGCAUAUCCAUCAACACUGCUGGCAGUGGGAUCUUGAGCUGAGAUACAGACCCAUGUACAAGUGGAUCAGUCAUAUGAUGCCUGUUGUGAGAUUAAAUAUACUACCAUGAGGGAUUUAACCUUUGGUUGGUGGGAGCCUAUCAAGAAC